CCCUCCUCUGCGAUGCUACGCUUGGUGUACUUGGUAAUAGAGGAGUGGAUACCACCACAAAGACCGGAGUCUGAGGAAACCAUGACCCACAAUUUCUUAGCGUCCUCUGGAGCCUUGACUUCAGAUUGGUUGAAGAGUUCGGCGUUGGUUCUGCCGUACUCGAUAGCGGUGUUCAUUGCUCUUUGGGCCUUUGUGAGUUUAGUAGAAGCGAUCAUUUUCAUCGACUUUGUGAUCUUUUCGAUGUUCUUAACGGACUUAAGACGCUGCUCGAUUUCACGGAGGGUCUCAUUAGCAGCUGCUGUGCUAGAGAACGCUCUGACUGGCUGGGCCUUGAGUACUGGUCUGGCUGCUGCUCUCAACAUGGUCGUAGCGGAAAGAGCGUAUUCGGGGAGUAACGAAAGGAAAUAAAAAAAGUUGAAACGCAUGGGAGGAAUAGACGUUCAUACGUUCUCCUUCCUUAGUGCGACCAAGACCGAAUAGGAUAUGACAGACGCAGAAAUACCAACCGUCGACCAAAAUGAGCUCGGCUUCGACGCUGCCUUGAAGAAGAAGAAAAAGAAGAAGGCCGUAAACUUUGAUAGCUUGGACGCUCCAGAAGCAGGAGGAGCCGCGCCAGAAGCUGAGAACGAGGAUGAUAUGUUUGCAGGUAUCAAGAAAAAGUCGAAGAAGAAGACUCCAGUAGAGGGUGAAGAGCAAACGCCACCAGCUGACGACGCCGACGACUUUGCUGAUUUGAAGAAGAAGAAGAAGAGCAGCAGCAAGAAGAAGGCAUUCGAUUUGGAGGAAUUCGACAAGCAACUCGACCAGGGUAAACCAGAGGAAGACGCUCCUUCAGACCAGCCAGACCCGCUCUCAGAGUCGACAGGCGAGAACGGCGAACCUUGGCUGGGCACCGACAGGGACUACACCUACAAGGAACUCCUCUCACGUACUUUCAAACUUUUACACUCACAAAAUCCUGCCUUGGUGACAGGCGCGAAGAGGUACACUAUCGCACCUCCACAAGUUGUCAGGGAUGGUAACAAGAAGACAGCCUUCGCUAACAUCGCUGAUAUCUGCAAGAAGAUGCACAGACAGCCUGAACACGUCAUUCAGUUCUUGUUCGCUGAGUUGGGUACUUCUGGUUCCGUUGAUGGUUCCCAAAGAUUGGUCAUUAGGGGUAGAUUCCAGCAGAAGCAAAUUGAGAACGUUUUGAGAAGGUAUAUUGUUGAAUACGUCACUUGCAAAACUUGCAAAUCGCCGGAGACUAAUCUCACAAAGGAGAAUAGAUUGUAUUUCAUGACCUGCGAGUCAUGUGGUUCAAGAAGAUCUGUCGCCGCUAUCAAAUCAGGUUUCCAAGCACAAAUUGGAAAGAGAAGAGCACAAGUGAAGUGAUUAAAUAUGUCUAUGCAUUAUCUUUCUUUAUACAUUUGCAUUUUCCUCCGU